CUUCCUCUUCCGUCGUCCACUUUCACUGGAGAGAGCGAGCAAGGAGACGACAGAGAAACGCAGCCAUGGACAGAGAAUGGGGUUCCAAGCCCGGCAGCGGAGGCGCCGCCUCCUCCCAGAACGAGGCAAUCGACCGCCGGGAGCGUCUCCGGCGACUCGCCCUCGAGACCAUCGAUCUCGCCAAAGACCCCUAUUUCAUGCGCAAUCACCUCGGCAGUUAUGAGUGUAAGCUGUGUCUGACUUUGCACAACAAUGAAGGGAACUACCUGGCUCACACCCAAGGGAAGCGUCACCAGACCAAUUUGGCGAAGAGAGCUGCUCGCGAGGCCAAGGAAGCUCCAGCUCUCCCGCAGCCUAACAAGCGCAAAGUUAACAUCCGCAAGACAGUCAAAAUCGGCAGACCUGGGUACCGUGUGACCAAGCAGUUUGAUCCGGAGACUAAGCAGAGAUCUCUUCUCUUUCAGAUCGAGUAUCCCGAAAUCGAAGACAACACAAAGCCAAGGCACAGGUUUAUGUCAUCUUAUGAGCAGAAAGUCCAGUCCUAUGACAAGAGUUACCAGUAUCUUCUGUUCGCAGCAGAACCAUAUGAGAUUGUUGCCUUCAAGGUCCCCAGCACAGAAAUCGACAAGUCAACUCCCAAGUUCUUCUCACAUUGGGAUCCCGACUCUAAGAUGUUCACUUUACAGCUAUACUUUAAGACCAAGCCACCAGAGACCAACAAACCUCCAGCUGCUGGUGCGGCAACAGCGAAUGGCACGUCUGCUCCUGGCGUCCCUCCAAGGACUCUCCUACCGCCACCACCGCAGGGUCUACCCCCUCCCCCACCUCCAGACGGAGGAGCAAGGCCACCUCCACCUCCACCCCAAAUGGGGAACGGUCCUAGACCUAUGCCUCCAGGGGAGGCUCCACCAGCUCCGCCUCCACCGCCAGGCGGCAGUGGGAUGGCUAAUUUCACUCCUGGUGCUCAGAUGGGCAGACCUCCGAUGCCUCAGGGUUUCCCAGGGCAAGGCGUCCAUCCACCUCCUCCACCUCCACCCAAUAUGGGAUAAGUUUGUAUCAUACGAUAGAGAAGUGUUUGUACUCUUUAGCUUAAGCGAAUUGGGAAGUUUUGUUCUGCUUUGCUACUCUUCAGAACAAGCCUUUGUUUUGAUUGCCUGAAAUUCAUGAUUAAACAUUUCACCUCAAAGUUGUUAGUCGUCGUCAUCUGAAACUCUGAAUGUUGUGAUUUGCGGUUUAAUGUUUUACCAGAGGUGUUAAAUCUUUGAGAGGAUCAAAUACUGCUCAGGCCAUAUCAAAUUUUUAAGAGAGCAAUUGAUCAGCAGAUGCAUGGCAUUACAUGAAAUGAUGCAUAUGUAUAGGGCUCAAUCAGUCGUGUUUGUACAAGGCUUGUAAUGUACAAGUCGAAUUAUCAUUCGUGGUGGUCGCCAUUGAGCCAAUCGGUUCGACAAAAAACAAGAAUCUGCUGUGCCUCAUGGAGUGAAAGGAAGGAAGAUGGAGGGAACGGCUUCUUAGAGGGUGACAGCAUUGGGAGGGAAUGCCUUCUGUAUGAACUCCAGGAAGCGCCUGGAGUA